GGGGCAGGUCGUUUGUCAUUUCAAAGCGGCCCAAGAACACUGCAGACUCAUCAACCACACAACACGGCGAGUCUACCCUCGCCCCCCUCUUUUACUCAGAGCACCCAUCUGCUCUUCUUCCUUCCUUGCACUCUACAGAUACCCGUCAUCGCCGCCGCCAUGGAGAUUGACGCUCCGCUUUCCUUCACACCGGGGGCAAAGAGCGCAGCGACGGUCCUCUGCGCAGACUGCGGCGCGCCCAUCGAUGGCACCCAGUCGGCCGGCGCCUUCUGCUACGACUGCAUAAAACUCAAGACGGAUGUCACCGGCGGCAUCCAGCGCGAAGCCACCCUCCACAUGUGCCGCGACUGCGACCGAUGGCUCUCUCCGCCCAACUCGUGGGUCGUUGCCCGCCCCGAAUCUCGCGAACUGCUCGCCCUCUGCCUCAAGAAGCUGAGGGGCCUGCACAAGCUGCGCAUCAUCGACGCGAGCUUCAUCUGGACGGAACCACAUUCCAGGCGCAUCAAGGUCAAGAUUACGGUGCAGUCCGAGCUGGGCGAUGGCGCCAUCAUGCAGCAGACGUUCGAGGUCGAAUACACACAAAACUACCACCAGUGCCCCGACUGCCAAAAGAGUUAUACCCACAACACCUGGCGCGCGUGCGUGCAGGUGCGCCAGAAGGUGCCGCACAAGAGGACCUUUUUGUACCUGGAGCAGGCUAUCCUGAAGCACGGCGCGCACAAGGACGCCAUCAACAUCAAGGAGAUGCACGACGGCAUCGACUUCUUCUUCGCGCAGAGAAACCACGCAGAGGGAUUCGUCGACUUUCUAAAGGCAGUGGUGCCGGCCAACGUAAAGAAGAGCCAGGAGCUCAUCAGCCACGACAUCCACACCUCGACCAAGAGCUACAAGUUUUCAUACUCGGCAGAAAUCGUGCCCAUUUGCAAAGACGAUCUUGUCGUCCUUCCCAUACCGCUGGCUCGCAAGAUUGGCAACAUUUCACCCCUCACGCUAUGCAACCGCAUUGGCACAUCAAUCAACCUGAUAGAUCCCGCGACACUCCAGACAGCCGAGGUAGACACUGCCGUCUACUGGCGGACGCCAUUCCGCUCUCUUGCCGACGUGCAGGAGCUUGUGGAAUUCGUCGUGCUGGACAUCGAGCCUCUGGGCCAGUCAAGGGGGCGCCACUUCCUCGCCGAGGCAACCGUCUCAAGGGCGAGUGACAUGGGCUCCAACGACAGCACCUACUACACACGCACACAUCUGGGAGGUAUCUUGCACGUGGGCGACUCGGUCAUGGGCUAUCACAUGACGGGCACCAACUUCAACAACGAGCUCUUUGACAAGCUGGAGGAGUCCAAGCUGAGCUCAACCAUACCCGACGUCACCCGCAGCCAGAAGGCCAAGUCCAAGCGCAACUGGCGCAUCAAGCGCAUGGCACGUGAAGAGUCGGAGAUGCUGCCGAGGAAACAGGACCAGGAGAAGAUGGAGCGCGACUUUGAGCUGUUCCUGCGGGAUGUCGAAGAGGACCCCGAGUUCCGCGCUGGAAUUCAACUCUACAAGCAGCAGCAGGAGGCGCAAGCUCAAAAGGACGCUGAUGCGAUGGAGGUGGAGGAGAGCGACGUCGAGGAGGAGGACCACGGCCUGGCGAUACCCAUGGAGCAGCUGCUGGACGACUUUGAAGACAUGACCAUGGCGGAGGACAAGGAGUAAGCAGGCGGGGACAGACUCGGUGCGAAUCAAGUCAGGAUGGUGUAUACGGCAUUUUCAGUUCUUUAGACUCUGUUUCAUGCAUUUCCGCUGGCGUUGGACGGGUGGGAAAAGGCACUAGUGCAUUCACGAUCUGAGAUAUCCGCGUAGGGGUGGAUUCUCCAGGGCUGCUUCGCCACAAUCUUACGCGCACACGUCUAGUUUCGGCGCGAGACCAGAAAAUAAAUUUGGACCUUU